AUGUCAGCUGCUGUAAGUGCAAGCAACAACAACAACAACUCAACACAGUUAUCGGUUGGAUUUUGCUUUAUUUAUUGCUUCAUUUGUCCAUGGAAGAACCUCCAUUUUAAGUCCCCUUUCUUUUUCCUUAACCUUUCUCUCUCCUCUCUCCUCUCUCCUAUCUCUUUCUUUCCUUCUCCCCUCUCUCUCUCUCUCUCUCUCCUCUCUCCUCUCUCCAGAAAAAAAAAGAGCUGUUUUACCCACACAACUUCCAUGGAUGACGACGGAUUGAACAUGCGAAAUUGGGGGUAUUACGAGCCUUCAUUCAAAGAACAUCUCGGUUUACAACUAAUGUCACCUCUCACAGAUCAUCGAGACACAAAACCUUUCUUAUCUUCCCGAGAAAAUCCCCUCAUGAUGAACCAAAACGGAGCAUCAUCCAUGGCGGCGGCUUACCACCACCGCCCACAAAACUGCGUCGUUUCAGAAGCACCGAUACCUCUUCAUUACAUGAGAGACAGCUGGAUACAACGAGAACGACUCCUCCAUAUGCUUCCCGGAAACCCAAAUUUCUCUCUUCUUCCCGAUGCUUCCGCUUCCAAUUCAAUGCACAUGAUGCAACAACAACAACCCAUCGAUCUCCCAAAAGACACUCUCGACGACAAUAAUGGCGGUGGAGGUGGUGGUGACACUGGCGGCAGUGGUCCUGUGAAGAAAAGAUCGACAACAAACCCUAAAACCCCACGAGCAAAAAAACCGAGAAAAGCUCCAGCUGUACCCAAAGAAAACGGCGGCAACCACCAUGGUCAAAGGUCAAAGGUUGUGAAGAGAAGUAUGGAUGUGGUGAUAAACGGUAUUGACAUGGACAUUUCUGGUAUUCCUAUACCUGUUUGUUCAUGUACAGGGGCACCUCAGCAGUGUUACAGGUGGGGCUCCGGUGGGUGGCAGUCGGCCUGUUGCACCACCACCAUAUCAAUGUAUCCAUUGCCGAUGAGCACUAAAAGACGUGGUGCAAGAAUUGCAGGGAGGAAGAUGAGUAAUGGCGCUUUCAAGAAAGUGUUGGAGAAAUUAGCAUCCGAAGUUGCCAGACCAACUCCUAGAUCAACACCUCACAAAUGGGUCAAGGAAGGCUGGUAUAGAGGUCAGUACAUGCAAGGAUUGAGACAUGGAUUUGGUGUGUACAGAUUCUACACCGGAGAUGCAUAUUCCGGUGAAUGGUCCAAAAGGUUGAAGUGUGACAAAUCAGUGUUAUCACUCGCUCAUGGAAGUGGGAUUCAUACUUGUGAAAAUGGUAGCAGAUAUGUCGGAGAAUUCAUAUGGGUUGUUAAACAUGGUCUUGGCCAUUACCAGUUCAGAAAGAAGAGUAACGUAGCUCGUAAAUCCCAAGCUUCAACAAUGAUGGAGGAAGCCAUGGGGCGAGACUGA